CUGUAAACAGGCAGUCAGGUUUUGGAUUUCCCCAAGGCUGGUCACGGGAACAUUUUCUAAAAUCGUCUAAAAAGAGCUUCAAAGGUUAAUAGUGAUCGAUCACCCGUGGAACUUUCAACUAAAGUGAUUUGGGGACCACUGACCAUGGCGUUGGCACAGAGCAGUAAUGUCUCUACUGAUAUAGAGAGCUGCAUGGUUUGCAUGGAGGACUACACUGCGGAGGGGCCCCAGAAGCCGCGGAUAUUGGCUGCCUGCUUACACACCUUUUGUGAAGUCUGUCUGGAGAAGCUCGGAGAGGGAAGCAAUUAUAUGAUCUUGUGCCCCGCAUGUCACGAACUAAAUAUUCUAUUAAACAGGGAUGGGAUCCAGUCUCUGCCCAUUAACACCAGGGCGCCCUGCUUCUUAAACAUAGAAGCAGCCGUAGGGGAACACAACAUUUUGGCAUUCAUUGAUCCAGAUGUUCCAUCCUGCCCAGUCUGCGGGAGCAUCACGCUAUUUGACCCCUUCGGUCAGACAUCAUUCAGUGCCACACUUGUAAGUGGGUGAGUGGAGAUAUGCUGCAAAUCCCAGAAUGGAAUGGGUUAACCAAUCAGACCUCAGUACAGAAAAACAGUAACAGAACAUUACAUCAGAUGAUAACACAGGGAACCCAAACACAGAAUACAGCGCCCCCAUCUGGCUGUAGGAAGAGUGUGUCCCGCAGAAUGAUCAACUACCUGAGGUAAGUUAGACAUUCAGCAGCUGCCGCACCUGUUGAGUACAAAAAUAUUGGAGGCCAGGCCACACGAGGGGCCCUCAGGAAAUGAUCAGCCUCCUGUAGGGCACAGCUAUAUUCUGCAGGAGAAUUAGGGUGCUGACUGCAUUGGGGUUCAGGGGAAGACUUUGUACAGGUAAAGCAGGCAGUGGGGUACAGGCAAAGGAUAGAGUGGUGUGCAGGCAAAGGGUGUAGUGGGGUAGAGGCGAAGGAUUGAGUGGGGUACGGUUGAAGGAUAGAGUGGGGUUCAGGCAAAUGAUGUAGUCGGGUACAGGCAAAGGAUGGAAUGGGGUACUGGCAAAGGAUGGAAUGGGGUAGAGGCAAAGGAUGUAGUGGGGUACAGGCGAAAGAUGUAAUAGGGUUGUGGCGAUGGGUGUAGUGGGGUACAGGCGAAGGAUGGAAUGGGGUACAGGUGAAAGGAUGGAAUGGGGUACAGGCAAAGAAUGUAGUGAGGUACAGGCGAAGGAUGGAAUGGGGUACAGGUGAAAGGAUGGAAUGGGGUACAGGUGAAAGGAUGGAAUGGGGUACAGGCAAAGAAUGUAGUGGGAUACAGGCGAAGUAUGUAGUGGGGUACAGGCGAAAGGAUGGAAUGGGGUACAGGCAAAAGGAUGAAACAAGGCACAGGCAAAGGAUAUAGUGGGGUACAGGUGAAAGGAUGGAAUAGGGUACAGGCAAAGGAUGGAAUGGGGAACAGGCAAAGGAUGUAGAGGGGUACAGGCGAAGGAUGGAAUGGGGUACAGGCAAAGGAUGUAGUGGGGUACAGGCGAAGAAUGUAGUGGGGUACAGGCAAAGGAUGUAGUGGUGUACAGGCAAGGGAUGGAAUGGGGUAGAGGCAAAGGUUGUAGUGGGGUACAGGUGAAGGAUGGAAGUGGGUACAGUGGAGUGGUGUCAGGGUGAGAUGGAAAUGUCAAUGAAAAGGCGAUUUGCAUAUAAAUGGUUCCAUAGGGUAAUUCACAGAAUUGCUCAUCAAGUCCAAUACAUACUCCAUCAAUGUAAUCUCCCACCAACCCAAUCUCCCCGUCAAUCCAAUCUCCUACCACUCCAAUGUCCCCGUCAAUCCAAUCUCCUUAUCAACCCAAUCUCCCACCAAUCAAAUCUCCCCAUCAAUCUAAUCUGCCACCAAUCCAAUCUCCCCUACAAUCCAAUCUCCUACAAAUCCAAUCUCCCCGUCAAGCCAAUCUCCUACCAAUCUAAUCUCCCCGUCAAUCCAAUCUCCUACCAAUCCAAUCUCCCCGUCAAUCCAAUCUCCUACAAAUCCAAUCUCCCCGUCAAUCCAAUCUCCUACCAAUCCAAUCUCCCCGUCAAUCCAAUCUCCUACCAAUCUAAUCUCCCCGUCAAUCCAAUCUCCUACCAAUCUAAUCUCCCCGUCAAUCCAAUCUCCUACCAAUCAAUCUCCCCGUCAAUCCAAUCUCCUACCAAUCCAAUCUCCCCGUCAAUCCAAUCUCCUACCAAUCCAAUCUCCCCGUCAAUCCAAUCUCCUACCAAUCCAAUCUCCCUGUCAAUCCAAUCUCCUACCAAUCUAAUCUCCCCGUCAACCAAUCUCCUACCAAUCCAAUCUCCCCGUCAAUCCAAUCUCCUACCAAUCUAAUCUCCCCGUCAAUCCAAUCUCCCAAUCUCAAUCUACCAAUCCAAUCUCCCGUCAAUCCAAUCUCCUACAAUCUAAUCUCGUCAAUCCAAUCUUUACCAAUCCAAUCUCCCCGUCAAUCCAAUCUCCUACCAAUCCAAUCUCCCGUCAAUCCAAUCUCCUACCAAUCCAAUCUCCCCGUCAAUCCAAUCUCCUACCAAUCUAAUCUCCCCGUCAAUCCAAUCUUUUACCAAUCCAAUCUCCCCGUCAAUCCAAUCUCCUACCAAUCCAAUCUCCACGUCAAUCCAAUCUCCUACCAAUCCAAUCUCCCCGUCAAUCCAAUCUCCCCGUCAAUCCAAUAUCCUACCAAUCCAAUCUCCCUGUCAAACCAAUCUCCUACCAAUCUAAUCUCCCCGUCAAUCCAAUCUCCUACCAAUCUAAUCUCCCCGUCAAUCCAAUCUCCUACCAAUCCAAUCUCCCCGUCAAACCAAUCUCCUACCAAUCCAAUCUCCCUGUCAAUCCAAUCUCCUACCAAUCUAAUCUCCCCGUCAAUCCAAUCUCCUACCAAUCCAAUCUCCCCGUCAAUCCAAUCUCCUACCAAUCCAAUUUCCUACCAAUCCAACCUCUCCGUCAAUCCAAUCUCCUACCAAUCCAAUCUCCCCGUCAAUCCAAUCUCCUACCAAUCCAAUCUCCCCGUCAAUCCAAUCUCCUACCAAUCCAAUCUCCUACCAAUCCAAUCUCCCCAUCAAUACAAUCUGCCACCAAUCUCCCCGUCAAUCUAAUCUGCCACCAAUCCAAUCUCAUCUCCCAUCAAUCCAAUCUCCCCGCCUGUGACGGACCGCCGUCACUAAGUACCAUGCCCACUGCAUAUUUGUGUGUUUUCCCUUGUAUCGUGUGGUCCCUCAGUGUUUCCCAAGGUAUUCCUAUGCCUUUCAUGUGUUGUGCCUGUAUAUGCAGCAGCUCUGUAAAGUAUAGAAGUGAAAUGUAUUGCUGUCUGUGUCUCUCCCCUUUCCCCCCUCCUUUUUCCCGUCACAGCAGGGACACAGAGACACUGCCAGCCCAGUUUAACCUAGAUGCAUUGUCCUUCCUCCCUUCCCCUUCAGCUUCUUGGGAUUGAAACCCCUGUGGUUUUUGUGUUGGAGACCCCAUGUAGGGGUCUGUCUCUGUAAAAACCAUGUGCACAAAAAACAAAGUCAGUCAGUGUUGUAACCACCAGGACUGUUUUUCAUCCAGUUACUGGGGGGAAAAUGGAUGCCUGCUUGUUGUAAGGGUUCCUGAACGGCUGAAGGAAGGGAAAUAACGGAGGUAACUGGCUGAGUUACCUGUGGAUCCGCUACACUGUCAAGCUAAUCUCCGCUCUUCAUGCAGGCGCUAAACCUUCCUCAUAGAGAUGCAUUGGCACAGGAGCUUGUGUCUGAUCUUCCCUUAAUACCUGACACAUUUCACCACCUUUCAACAAGCUUUCACCUUCAGAGUUAUUUACUAAAGAACUGAAAGUUGGUUCAGAUUGAAGGGCAGAGCGGCCGAUCUGGAAACAUAGCUGGCUUAGAGAAUGUUCUCAAUUCAGCUAUUUUUACCUUAAUUUGAAAUCCGCUUUGAAUUCUCACUUAAGUGAAAAAAACGAUAGUUUCCAUACGGUCACGUGCAAAGCAGACAAGGGAUGCACUACGGCAGUUACAGGAUCAAAUGGGUGAAUCUACCCAGAAUGGUGACCUAGUCCUCCUACGAUUGGGGACAGAGGGGUAUUCACUGCAGUGGGAAUCGCUGGAAUUCAUUUAUAGUGAAAUUCACAUUCUCGGACCAAAUAACCAAAUUGGGAAAAUUCCCCACGUCAGCUCUGUUUUUAAUUCGUCCGCUUCUGCCCAGAAUCUGAAAUUCACGUUAAAUCCACUUUGAAUUAUCAGCAGUUCAUACUUUAUUGAAUAACCUUGGCAGACGGUAAUGAUUACUGUAGGGACAGAAUAUCCUCUCAGGGGUAGAUACUUCGCUCUGAGGCAGCUGAAGGUGAUCCAAUGUUAGAAACAGAUUAUUUUAUAUUUUCUAAACGUGUAAUUACUUUACGUAACACACCAGGAAUGGAGGUAUUUUGUUUAGAUAUUAAAAUGAGCUAUUUAUUUGUUUAUCACUGCCUCUUCUUUGAUUAGACCCGGAGGUAAUUGUUUAACUUCAGCUUAUAACACUAAAGUCAUUUCUGUGAUUUGUGUUUUAGGAAACGUUUGUCAUUGCGCUGACACGACUUUUCAGAAGACGAUAUGAAACAGAGAAGAGAAACACCUGUUAAUUAAUAUAUUGGAAGGAAGAUCAAUGUUACCACCAGCUUUAUAUCGGUUAUUGAUAUUGGGUUUUACAUAGUAUUUUUAGCAUAGUAUCUUUCAAAAACAAAUAAAAUCAUGAAAAAAAAGUGUUAAAGACAGCUCAGUCUAAAUAUCUGGAUUGAAUCAGGAUCUAAGCAGGAAAAAUCUGUCCCUGUCUCCUCGCCUUCUGCAAACACCGGAUUCAAACCUACAGUCAGUCUUCGAAUCUCCCCCACAGUCCCUCCAGCUACAAUCGCACCCCGCUGCUCCCCAUUAAUAUAACCACCCCCCUGCUGCUACCUAUUAAUAUAACCAUCCCCCCACUGCUCCCCAUUAAUAUAACCACCCCCCUGCUGCUUCCCAUUAAUAUAACCAUCCCCCCACUGCUCCCCAUUAAUAUAACCAUCCCCCUGCUCCCCAUUAAUAUAACCACCCCUGCUGCUCCCC